UGAUUACAACUCCUCUGCAACUCUCACUUUUUAUUCCCUGGCAGCGGAGGGAUGUUCCCUGGAAGGAGGUUACACCCCAGCUGAACAUUCUCACCUUGGAAAGUUUAGGGCUGAUAACUUCUCGGAGAGUUUGUGAAUGGGGAGCGUUUGGGGAGACUUUUACGCAUCGAGCUGAGUGACGCACGGUUAGGUGUUUAAAAACUUUUUUCCCUCUGUUGUCACAUCUACACCCUCAUUUUCUUCUUAUUCUUCAAUGGCAACGGAGUGUUUUGAGGAGACUCUUACUGGUCGAAUCUCCUGAGAGAAAGUUUGGUAAACUUGUGCAACAGCGAACUUAAUUAGAUUUUUUUUUUUUGUGGAAAUUCUGCCGCACAGUCCAACAGCCCGUCUUGACGUUUUUUGCAGGAUCCUCACUUCCACAGCGUCUACUUUCCUCCCGCGGAUUUUCAAUUAAACUUCUGUUGGAAGUAAUUUCAGUGGAUAUCAUGCCUCCGACAGGGCCGGAGAAGCGCGCCGCGCUCUGCCGGGUUUGGGCUAUGGUUUUCGCGUUGCUGGUGUGCGCUGCGUCGGUGGAUGGAUGCCCACACAAGUGUAGCUGCUCCGGGUCGCAUGUGGACUGCCAGGGUUUGGGUUUGAAGACCGUACCCAAAGGAAUACCGAGGAAUGCCGAGCGCCUGGAUUUGAACAGAAACAACAUCACCAGAAUCACUAAAGUGGACUUUUCUGGCAUCAAGAACCUCAGGAUUCUUCAUCUGGAGGACAACCAGAUCAGUGUUAUCGAGAGAGGAGCCUUCCAGGACCUCAGACUGCUGGAGAGACUUCGCCUGAACAGAAACAAACUCCAGUUUCUCCCAGAGCUUCUCUUCCAGUCCAACCCCAAACUAGGACGGCUAGACCUCAGUGAGAACCAGAUCCAGUCGGUUCCAAGGAAAGCUUUCAGAGGAAUCACCAGCGUCAAGAACCUGCAACUGGACAGCAACCACAUCAGCUGCAUCGAAGAUGGAGCUUUCCGAGCGCUGCGCGAUCUGGAGAUUCUCACCCUCAACAACAACAACAUCACCCUCAUCCCGCUGUCCAGCUUCAACCACAUGCAGCUGCGGACACUCCGUCUGCACUCCAACAACCUCCACUGUGACUGUCACCUGUCCUGGCUCUCUGAUUGGCUCAGAGCCCGGCGGGGUUUGGCUCCCUUCACCCAGUGCAUGGCCCCCGCCCACAUGAGGGGCCUCAACGUCCCGGAUGUGCAGAAGAAGGAUUUUAUCUGUAAUGGUCCAGCACAGACAGAAUCGAGGACUUGUGUUCCUCAGGUGGCCGUGUGUCCACCCAGCUGCAGCUGCAACAACAAUAUAGUGGACUGUCGUCGUAAAGGCCUGACUGAAAUACCGGGAAACCUCCCCGAAGGCAUUGUGGAGAUCCGUUUGGAGCAGAACUUGAUUAAAAGUGUCCCAGCAGGAGCCUUUUCUGCCUACAAGAAGCUCAAGAGGAUUGACUUGAGUAAGAACCAGAUUUCUGACGUUGCUGCCGAUGCUUUCAGCGGUCUUCGCUCACUCACCUCACUGGUGCUGUAUGGCAAUAAGAUCACUGAACUGCCCAAGGGAUUGUUUGAUGGACUGGUUUCCCUGCAGCUGCUAUUGCUGAAUGCCAACAAAAUAAACUGCUUGAGAGUCAACACCUUCCAGGACCUGCAGAACCUCAACCUGCUGUCGCUGUACGACAACAAGCUGCAGACGAUCAGUAAAGGACUGUUCGCACCUCUGCGCUCCAUCAAGACUCUUCAUCUGGCGCAGAAUCCCUUUAUGUGUGACUGUCACCUGAAGUGGCUGGCAGACUACCUGUUUGACAACCCAAUAGAGACCAGUGGGGCACGCUGCAGUCAUCCCAGGAGGCUGGCUAACAAGCGAAUCAGCCAGGUCAAAGGCAAGAAGUUCAGGUGCACAGGUCAGGAGGACUAUCGCAGCCGUCUGAGUGGGGAGUGUUUCCAGGAUCUGGUAUGUCCAGAGAAAUGUCGCUGUGAAGGGACGGUGGUCGACUGCUCCAAUCUCAAACUGACCCGAAUACCUCCACACAUCCCUGAGCACACCACCGACCUGCGGCUGAACGACAAUGAGAUUGCCAUCCUGGAGGCUACAGGGACUUUCAAGAAGCUCCCCAACUUGAGGAAGAUUAACCUGAGCAACAACAAGCUGAGGGACAUCCGUGAAGGUGCGUUUGAUGGAGCGGUUGGCGUUUUGGAGCUGCUGCUGACGGGGAAUAAGCUGACUGGACUGCAGGGACGCAUGUUCCGAGGCCUCGGUGGCCUGAAAACUCUCAUGCUGCGGAGCAACCAGAUCAGCUGCAUUGACAACAGCACAUUUACGGGUCUGAGUUCGGUGCGUCUGCUGUCGCUGUAUGACAACAGGAUCUCCAGUAUCGCCCCAGGAGCCUUCUCCACCCUGCACUCCCUGUCCACCAUUAACCUUCUGUCCAACCCGUAUGUGUGUGAUUGCCACUUGGCCUGGCUCGGUCAGUGGCUGAAGAAGACCAGGGUGGUCAGUGGGAACCCUCGCUGUCAGAAACCAGCCUUCCUCAAGGAGAUUCCUAUCCAAGAUGUGGCGACCCCAGACUUCACUUGUGAUGGUGCUGAGGAUAAUGGUUGUCUUCCUGCGUCUGGCUGUCCUGACGUCUGCACGUGCUCAGACGGCGUGGUGCGAUGCAGCAACAGAGGGCUGCACUCGCUGCCCAAGGGCAUUCCCAAGGACUCCACCGAGCUUUACCUGGAGGGUAAUAUGCUGACAUCUGUGCCCAAGGAGCUGGCAGCCCUGAAGCAGCUGUCGCUGGUGGACCUGAGCAACAACAGCAUCAGCACAUUGGCUCCGUACACUUUCAGCAAUAUGACUCAACUGGCUACACUCAUCCUGAGUUACAACCAGAUUCGCUGCAUCCCCGUCCAUGCCUUCGACGGGCUCAAGUCACUUCGCCUGCUGACUCUCCAUGGAAACGACCUUUCAACUAUCCCAGAAGGAGCUUUCAACCACCUGACCUCUCUCUCCCACCUGGCUCUUGGUGCAAACCCCCUGUACUGCAACUGUGACCUCCGCUGGCUUUCUCAGUGGGUCAAGGCCGGCUUUAAAGAGCCUGGCAUUGCUCGUUGUACUGGACCUCCUGACAUGGCUGACAGACUUCUGCUCACCACACCACUCAACAGAUUUCAGUGUAAAGGUCCGGUGGAUAUAAGCCUGAUGUCCAAGUGCACCCCCUGCCUGGCAGCACCCUGCCAAAACAAUGGCACCUGUGUGUCUGAUGCUGUUGGAUCUUACCGCUGCACCUGUCCAUAUGGAUUCAAGGGCCAAGACUGUGAAAUACCCAUCAACGCCUGUAUUAGCUUUCCUUGUUCUAACGGAGGAACCUGCCACAUCCAGCCUGGACACGAAGACCACUUCAGCUGUGUGUGUCCGCCAGGGUUCGAGGGCCAGCGUUGUGAGAUAAACCCCGAUGACUGUGAAGACAAUGACUGUGAGAACAACUCCACCUGCAUCGAUGGAGUCAACAACUACACCUGCGUCUGUCCUCCCAACUACACAGGUGACCUGUGUGAGGAGGUGGUCGACCCUUGUCUCACUGGUUUCGAUCCCUGUCGGCACGACUCAAAGUGCGUCCAUGUUGGCCGCAGUUACAGGUGCGAGUGUUUACCGGGCUAUGUGGGCCAACACUGUGAGCAGGACUAUAAUGACUGUCUGGAGAAUAAGUGUCAACACGGAGCAGAGUGUGUGGACGCUGUCAAUGGCUAUACCUGCGUCUGUAAAGAGGGUUUCAGCGGGCUGUUUUGCGAGAACCCUCCGCCAAUGAUCUUGCUGCAGACGAGCCCGUGCGACCAAUCGGACUGCCAGAACGGCGCCCAGUGCCUGGUGGUUGCUGGGGAGCCCAUCUGCCGCUGCAUGCCUGGUUUCUAUGGCAACAAAUGUGACAAGAUGGCCACCGUUCACUUCCUGGGUCGCGAUGGGUAUGUGGAGCUGCCAGGCGCGAAGCUCCGUCCGACUGCUCAUAUUUCAUUACAGGUGGCUACAGAUAAAGACAAUGGUAUUUUGUUGUACAAGGAGGACCAUGACCCGCUGGCGUUAGAGCUUUAUCAGGGACACAUAAGGCUCAUUUAUGACAUCGCCAACUACCCACCAACCACUGUGUACAGUGUCGAGUCGGUGAAUGACGGGCUUUUCCACACAGUUGAGCUGUUGAUUCAGAACCGCUCACUGAGCCUGGUGGUGGAUAAUGGCGCCCCCAAGAGCUUGGGCAAGCUAGCACGUCAGCCGUCCGUCGACCACAACACCCAACUUUACAUUGGAGGUGUACCAUCCCAGGUGGUGGCCUCGGGUCUACGUCCGGGUCCCGAACGCUCCCCUCAGGCUUUCAAUGGCUGCAUUCACAAUGUCCGGAUCAACGGCGAACCUCAAGACCUGAGUUACAGAUCGGCCGGAGGACGACCUCAAGCAGUCGGGAGCAAGCAGGGUGAUGGUAUUCUUGCCGGGUGUCAUUCCUGCAGUGUGUGUGCACAGGGUGCCUGCAGAGAAGGAGGGGAGACAGGAGUAACAUGUGAUUGUCCUCCAGGACGCCGUGGAGCCCUGUGUGACGAGAUGACGGCCACUAACCAGUGUCAGAACAGCAGAUGUGUCCAUGGCAUCUGUGUGCCAAAGGGUCAGUCUUACAGUUGCCAGUGUAAUGAAGGCUAUCAGGGUCAGUACUGUGACCGACGGCAGGAGCCUCCGGCCUGCAGGGGGCAUCGCUGUGGACGUGGGGAGUGUCGAGUGUCAGAGGAAGGAGAGCCGGUCUGCCACUGUCAGCCAAGAUACACCGGAGCCUCCUGCGACACAGAGCUCACGUGCCAAGGGGAAAUGGUGAGAGAGCAGCUGAAGCGCCACCAAGCCAUGAGAACAUGCACGUCCACCAGCAAGAUCCCCCGCAUGGAUUGUGCCAGAUCCUGCCAGGCUUCAGCGCCCCCUGGUGUCUGCUGCGGCAUCACCAAGAGCAGACGGAGAAAGGUGGUUUUCCGUUGCACUGACGGCACCUCGUACUCGGAGGAGAUGGAAACCGCUCUGGAAUGUGGCUGCUCCAAAUGCCCAUUGUAACAGUACAGCAGUUUGUUUUUUUGCAACACCUGCCAUUGUGUGAAUUCUGCACGUCAACGAGGCUGUCGCUCCGAGAUUUUCCCACGUUGAUGACCACCAGCAAUACGUGAUUUUCUUUAAAUUUCCACAUCUUGUUUGACCGCUGCCAAUUUGCUGCCAGAGAGAAACCACAAACAAAAAGAAAAAUGGGACAUGUGUGUGUGUUUUUUUUUUUGACAGAGAGAAAAUAUAUUGUAAGAUAUAAGUGAGAAAAAAAACAUAGAACUUAUUUUUAUUAUGGAUUUUGUUUUCUAAAAGAUGAUAAAAGGACUGAUGAAUUGUUUUUUAAUAUGUUGAUUAUAAAAUGUGUUACAUAGUAUAAGAAAAGUUAUUUUGUACCUUGUAAGAAGAAAAAGUACACAGCAAAAUAGAUUAACAUUCCUUAAAAGUAUAUGAAUUUAUAUGUAUGUAUAAAUCUAUAUAAAUAUUUACCCUAACCCAAUGAAUUUUAUAUCUUCUAAGUGUAUUUGCAUGAUGUUAAUGUGAGUGUCGUUGUGUGGGAGGCUUUGGACACUGAGAAAGAGGAGCUCCCUUGAUUCCACAACAAGGAAAAGGUGGCAGUCUUUUGUUGCCCUCUCUCUCGGAGGCUGAAAGGGAACUGUGUGUGCCUAGCUAACCUGCUUCACUAUAUAAUGGACAUCAUCCUCACAUGUGAGUUCACAUAAAAGACUCUUUCCACAGAGCUGCUUUAACAGUUUGUUAAUAUUGUGAUAUUCUUUAGUUUGCUGUUGCACGCCAGACUUGGAGCCACAUGAAGUUUAUCACAAAUCAGGAAUUCCCGUUCAAACAAGUCAUACUGUAGAUUCAGCAUUAAGCUGCUAGCUGCUGAGAGUAAAACACACUUAGGCAAACCCUGAUGAGUCAAGAGGGCUCAUAGCAAUAGCAUAGGGCCAGGAGAAACUAACAUCUUUAAUCGCACCGCCCAUUCACAUAACUAUGAAGUUGUAUUAUUUGUAGAGUAACUUGCCCGGUGUAGUUGGUUAUGAUCAGAGAUGUUUUCUGGUUCAACUCUAAUCAAACAGUGAUGUGGUGUACUGGCACAUUCUGUAGUACACUCGAACAUCAUUGGAGCGCGUUGAGGUGUAAACUACUUGAGUUAAACAGCAAAUACAACAUUUUCAACUGUUUAGGUUGCUCUUUCAGUGGCUGCUCAACAAGACGACUUUCUGACUGUGAAAGAAUACAGUCACCACACCAAAGCCGUCUGUAUUUGCCUUAAUGGAUAAGUUUAAUUAUACGAGUUCACACUCGUUUGUGUGCUUUUUUUUUAGAAAUUCAAAAGUGAUGCUGCAAUAUAAUUAUAAUUUCAACAGCUGCUACUGACUGAUUGAUCAUUUAGGAUGGAAAUAGCUAUUGUUGUUGUCACGUGCGACAAGUGACACAUGGCUCCUUGAAAACACAAUCCAGAUUCUGUUGUGGCCUUCUUUAGCUCCUAAAGGAAAUGAUGCUCAACUAAAACUCUCCUACUCCUGAUCAGAUUCUGUUUCAGGGCCCUAUGAAACACAGCAUUGAUGCAUCCUAUGUGCGUAUAAGGUUUCAUUUUUUAAUGUAGCUCUGAUAUUUCUGGUUGAUGUGCAUUAUGGUGCACAGAAAAGAAAUCCAUGAGGGUUCAAAAAUGUUAAAAGGUGAAGCUUUUUGGUGAUUUGUUAAUGUUGAAAUUGCAUUGAUGGUGUGGGGAGGAGGUUGAAAAGUGCCUUUCAGUUGUUGACCAAAAGACAAAGUGCUCCAGUCUGAUCACAGCAAACCUCCACAGUAAUGAUUCAGGUGCCUGCUGCAUUAAAAUAUCUUCUGUAACUGUGUCACGUGAAAGAAUCUGUUUUCAAGCAAGAAACUCCAACACAGCUGAAGAAAACUUCAACACCAGCGCGGUUUUUAACUGCCCAUAGUUGACUAACACCAUUAAAAGUAUAUGAUGUAACUACUACUGUACUGUUUACUUUAUACAUUGUUGCUUUGUUUACAACAGAUUCAAAGUAUUGCCACUCGUUUGCAGUUCAUUUAGAGCUACGUAAUCUAGGUUUGCAACAUAUCAGUGUUAUUCUUGUCUGUUAACAUUUACACUUCUGUUUCCUCUUCCAGAUCCUUCCCCCUGCUUCUUUUUUAUACACAUUCUGCCUCCUAUUCCUGCUUCACUCCUGGUUUUCCUGAUGUCAUUCUCAUAAAGUCUCCACAUUUCCCUCCAGCUGCUUAUUUCCAUCAGCCCUCUUUUGUUUAUUUUUUUCUAUUUUUUUCAGCAGUUCAAACCUUUACCUGCUACCCCCUUAUCUUUGCCUCUUCACACCCUCUAAUCCUCACCCUCAAGUCUUCAUUGUGAACAGAAUAAAACACCUCAGUUAUUAGUUAUUGACAAUAAAAAUAACUGUAAAGUCAGUCACUUCCAUUGUAUAGGUCCUAGGUUUAUAAACAUGAUUAUGUGAGUGAUGAUAAUUGAUACUUAUGUUGAAUGUUAAAAUUAAACUACCAUUGAAACUGUAUAAAA